AUGACUUCAACUGAGAUGAGAGGAUCAACAAGGGAUCAUCCACCAGUUCAAGAUACUGAAAACACCCAACAAGAAAUGGUUGGCAGGCAGCAGGAUUCCAAGAAAAAGAAGGUGAAGGAUGAAAACAAUAAAACUGUUCCCUUUCACAAGCUUUUCUCAUUUGCACAUCCUUGGGAUUAUUUUCUGAUGCUUGUUGGGGCAAUAAGUGCUGUUGCUAAUGGAAUCUCUACACCUUUAUUGACUGUACUUGUUGGAGAUACUAUUGAUGUUUUCGGAGAUGUUGAUAACAAACAAGUAGUUCAUCAAGUUUCCAAGCUAUCUCUGAAGUUCGCAUACAUCGGAGCAGGUUCCUUUCUGGCAGCAUUCUUGCAGGUGUCUUGCUGGGUGAUCAGUGGGGAGAGACAAGCUGCAAGAAUAAGAGGGUUAUACCUCAAAGCAAUUUUGAGGCAAGAUAUCAGCUUCUUUGACAAGGAAACCACAAGUGGAGAAGUUGUUGGAACGAUGUCAGGUGACACAGUUCUUAUACAAGAAGCCAUGGGAGAGAAGGUAGGAAAAUUCAUACAGCAUGUGUCAAGUUUUUUAGGAGGCAUGGUCAUAGCCUUCACCAAGGGUUGGCUUCUAAGCCUUGUCCUGUCAUCUUCUAUUCCUCUUCUUGUCUUCUCCGGUUCUGCAAUGAGCUUUGCUUUUGUAAACAUGGCAUCUCGAGGACAAACAGCUUAUUCUGAAGCAGCAACGGUAGUGGAGCAGACAAUUGGUUCAAUUCAAACUGUUGCAUCAUUUACAGGUGAGAAACAAGCUAUAACUCAAUACAAUAAAUACUUAACUAAAGCUUACAGAAUUGGAGUGCAAGAGGGUUUGGUUGGUGGUUUUGGCUUGGGUUCAAUGAAUUUAUUUUCGACCUGCACCUAUGGUUUGGCAAUAUGGUUUGGAGGGAAGAUGGUACUAGAGAAAGGUUACACUGGAGGACAAGUCAUCAGUGUAUUUUUGUUAAUAAUGUCUGGUUCAAUGCGUCUGGGGCAGACAUCUCCAAGCAUAACUGCAUUUGCUGCAGGACAAGCCGCUGCCUUUAAAAUGUUUGAAACAAUAGAGAGGCAGCCGGAUAUUGAUGCUUAUGACACUGGUAGUCGACAGGUAGAUGACAUUUCUGGAGAUAUAGAACUCAGGGAUGUCUGCUUUAGUUAUCCAUCCAGACCUGAUGAACAGAUAUUCAAUGGAUUUUCAAUUUCAAUAUCAAGUGGCACUACUGCAGCUUUGGUAGGGCAAAGUGGGAGUGGGAAAUCAACUGUUAUUAGUUUAAUUGAGAGAUUUUAUGAUCCACAAGCUGGUGAAGUUCUUAUUGACGGUAUAAACCUCAGAGAAUUUCAAUUGAAAUGGAUCAGACAGAAAAUUGGCCUAGUUAGCCAGGAACCAGCUCUCUUUACUUGCAGCAUUAAAGAGAAUAUUGCGUAUGGUAAGGAUGGGGCAACAGAUGAAGAAAUUAGAGCUGCAGCUGAACUUGCAAAUGCUGCUAAUUUCAUAGAUAAAUUUCCCCAUGGACUUGAUACGAUGGUCGGCGAGCGUGGAACUCAGCUUUCGGGAGGUCAGAAACAAAGAAUAUCGAUAGCAAGAGCAAUUUUGAAGGACCCAAGAAUUCUUCUCCUUGAUGAAGCUACGAGUGCUCUUGAUGCAGAGUCAGAGAGAGUGGUGCAAGAGACAUUGGACAGAAUUAUGAUAAACCGAACCACUGUCAUUGUAGCCCAUCGCUUAAGCACAAUCAGGAAUGCUGAUAUGAUUGCAGUUAUUCAUCAAGGAAAACUACAAGAAAAAGGCACAUAUGCUGAACUUGCUAAAUAUCCUGACGGAGCUUUUAGCCAGCUCAUUAGAUUACAAGAGAUUAAAAGGGGGUCAAAAGAAGAUGAUGAAAACGAUUCAGGCUGGGAAGAAAACAUCAUAGAUUCUGAACAACAAUUGAGCCAACGUUUUUCUUUCACUCCAUCUUUAAGCAAUCCAUCAUCUGGAAGAGAAAACAACAGUCAUCACUCAUUCAAAACAUGUAAUGCCAGGCCUAUCACAUUAGAUCACUUUCAAGCAUCAGAAGAAAGUUCUGAAGUUAUUCCUUCAGAAGCAUUGCAAAAGCCUCAAGAAGUUUCAUUUCUCAGCAUUGCUUAUCUUAACAAACCUGAAAUCCCAGUGUUACUCAUGGGGACUCUAGCUGCAACAGCAACUGGCGCAAUACUACCCACCGUGGGGCUUCUUCUUUCUCACAUGAUAAAUACAUUCUUUGAGCCUGCAGAUGAACUCCGUAAAGAUUCAAAGUUUUGGGCAUUAAUAUUUCUUUACCUUAGUGUGGCUGCCUUCAUAUUUCUUCCAUUACGGUCCUACUUUUUUGCUGUAGCUGGUGCUAAGUUGAUAAAAAGGAUCCGGCUGAUGUGUUUUGACAAAAUAAUUCACAUGGAAAUAGGCUGGUUUGAUAAAGAUGAAAAUUCAAGUGGAACACUUGGAGCAAGGCUGUCAACUGAUGUAGCUUCUAUUCGAACAUUGGCUGGGGAUGCUCUUGGUUUGCUGGUUCAGGAUAUUGCAACAACAAUUACAGCCUUAGCAAUUGCCUUUGAGGCAAACUGGCAGCUUUCUCUCAUUGUUCUAGUUUUAGCACCUCUAGUAUUACUAAAUGGUUAUGUGCAAAUUAAUGCAAUGCAAGGACUCCACACUGAUGCAAAGAAACUAUAUGAGGAAGCAAGUCAAGUAGCGAGUGAUGCAGUGGGGAAUAUCAGAACUGUUGCCGCUUUCUGUGCUGAAGAGAAGGUGAUGGAGUUAUACCAGAAAAAAUGUGUAGGACCAAUCCAGACAAGUAUAAAGCAAGGUUUAGUCAGCGGAACAGGUUUCGGUUUAUCACUCUUCUUACUGUUUUCAGUUUACGCAUGCAGUUUUUAUGCUGGGGCAAGACUAGUUGAGAAUGGCAAAGCAUCAUUCUCAGAUGUUUUCCGUGUAUUUUAUGCUCUCAUAAUGGCAGCUAUAGCAAUGUCACAAUCAAGCUUCAUGACCCCAGCUGCUAGUAAAGCAAAAAGUUCUGUUGCUUCUGUAUUUGCUCUUCUUGAUCAGAAAUCAAAAAUAGAUCCCAGUGAUGAGUCCGGAUUGACAUUGGAAGAAGUGAAGGGGAAGAUUGAGUACCACCAUGUCACUUUUAAGUAUCCAACCAGGCCUAAUGUUAUUGUACUCAAAGAUCUUUCCCUGACCAUUAAUGCAGGAGAGUUUGAUUAUACUGAUGGAAAUCAGACAGUUGCUCUAGUAGGUGAAAGUGGAAGUGGAAAGUCAACAGUGAUCUCAUUGUUAGAAAGAUUUUAUGAACCAGAUUCGGGUCAGAUUACACUGGAUGGAACAGAAAUCAAAAAGCUACAACUUAAAUGGUUUAGGCAGCAGAUGGGUCUGGUGAGCCAGGAGCCUGUGUUGUUCAAUGACACCAUUCGAGCCAAUAUUGCAUAUGGAAAAGGUGGUGAUGCAACAGAGGCUGAAAUUAUAGCUGCAGCAGAACUGGCAAAUGCGCAUAAGUUCAUCAGCAGUUUGCAGCAGGGAUAUGAUACAUUAGUGGGGGAGAGAGGGAUUCAACUAUCUGGAGGGCAGAAACAGCGUGUGGCAAUUGCGAGAGCCAUAGUGAAAAGUCCAAAAGUAUUACUGCUAGAUGAAGCCACCAGUGCACUUGAUGCUGAGUCUGAAAGAGUGGUCCAGGAUGCAGUUGAUCGAGUGAGUGUGGACAGAACUACUAUUGUGGUGGCUCACAGGUUAUCCACCAUAAAGGAUGCAGAUUUAAUUGCAGUGCUUAAGAAUGGAGUCAUUGAAGAGGAAGGAAAGCACGAAACUUUGCUUAACAAAGGUGGUAUAUAUGCUUCCUUAGUAGCACUGCAUAUCAGUGCGUCUUCAUCAUAG